UGACCAUCUGAUCAUUUAUCACUCCAGUGUUAAUCUGCAAAAUUGUAAUUAUUCGCCUACCUCCUCAAACUUUUGAACGGUAGUAUAUGUUAUGGUUAGUUUUCCUUAUCUUCACUGUGGAAUGUCCAUAUUGAUCCUCUUGGUUGUGUUGGUCCUCUUGAUCCAUCCACCUGUCUUCUUUGUUAGUGAGGCCUGAUCCCUUCAUCCCAUAGUUUUUUUUCUGUAAUCUAAUUUAAUAUGACUGAAGAUCCAGCAUUUUAUGCCAGGCCCCUUCCAAUAGGGUAUUACAGACUCGUUAGAACUUUGACCACACGCUCUCUAGACGGACUACAUGCCCUCUAUCAAAUCAAAACUGGAAUUGUUACUCAAAACAAAAGUUUAGACAUUUAUACAAUAAAUCAUACCUAGUUUGAUGUUUCUGUGACAGUGAAUUAGUUAUUGAUUUAUACAGUUUACAAUGGCAUUUGAUUAUGUAUUUCUAUAGUCAACUGUAAUGUUUACUCAAAACAAAGGUUGUAAAAGUAUGCUCGAAAUGUAUAUAAUAAAUCAUACCUAGUUUUGAUUUUUCUGUGACAAAUGUAACAUUAGUUAUUGAUUUAUACAGAUUUAAAUAGCAUUUUAAAGAUUGUAUUUAUUUCCAUCAAAUCAAAACUGGAAUUUUAAUUCAAAACAAAGGUAAAAGUAUGCUAAGACAUUUAUAGAAUAACUAUAUAUAUUAUGUUUCUGUGACAAUCAAUUAAUUAGUUAUUGAUUUUUACCAUUUUAAUUGGCCUUUGGCUUAUGUUGAAUGUGUGAAUAUAAAAUCGGUUUAGGGUAGGGGCGUCCAACGGAUCCCUGAUUUUUUGUCUAUUUAACUAGGCGAGUCAGUUAAGAACAAAUUCUUAUGUACAAUGACGGGCUACCAAAAGACAAAAGGCCUCCUGCGGGGACGAGGGCUGGGAUAAAAAAAUAUAUCUAAAUAUAGGACAAAACACACAUCACAAGUGAGACAGCACUACAUAAAGAGAGACCUGAUAGCAACGACUCUGGUUAGAAAGCAAGGUCAUGGCUAGAAGGAAUCCUGCUUUUAUCAGAAUGUACUUUUCGUAGCAGAUUGGGAUAAUUAGGCUUAGAAAAGGCUACUACUUUUAAUGAAAGCUCGACCCAUGUAGACAUAGCCGAUCAACAGAGGCGCACAGUGAUGACGUAAGAGACAAACUACAACGUUCUGUUAGUGUCCCUCCGACAUACAUUUAAAUAAAAAAGUACAUUGUAAAAUUAUUCAAACAAAAAUGAUUUUAUAAGCACAUUUUUUGAAAAUAUUGCCGUUUGUCUGACUUCUUAUUCAUCUUCUGAUUUUCUCUCGGGGAAAAAAAAUGAUUUCAACGUGCAUUGAUCUAUCAAAUACUCAAUGUAAUGCGGUUUCCGCCCUUUUCUGUCCUCUUUUUCCGCUGGAAGGUAACGUGGUUGUUUGGUGUUCUUGUAGUCGUAUUAAAAAUGUCGAACAAUUUGACCUGUGCUAUGUUUAGAUUGCUAAUUGUUUAAUAACAGCAUACGUUUUUAUUACAUAGGUGUGAUAUUGAUUGUAGCGAUACUUUUUAUAGACAUUUCUAAUCGAACUGUUUCAAAUCGGUCAGCCUGCUGCUAGGCCCUAAAUCAGUCUGCCAUACUACGAGGUAAAGUUAGCUGGCGUGGUUGUUUGUCCUAUACAGAGCACCGGGCUUCGACGUGCGCCCUCAUUUGUAAUCUGGUGUAGCUAAUGCUUGUCAACUAUAUAUAUUUUGCAUAUUUUAAAUCCCUUUAAUCUGAAACAGUUGAAGGGUUUAACACGCGAUAUUCACAGUCCCACUCAACUGGACCAUAUUCAUGCGAUUUAGGUACCUAACUUCCUAUCCUAGCUAUUUAGCUAAUUUAAUUAGUUUGAGGUAGCCAAUUACUAGUUGGGUACAUUUUUGCCUACUAUAGGAAGGUGACAAAACGAUCCUGCCAAGUUGCUCUGUUUUAUAGCCUGGCUUUUAGCUAACGUUAGCCAAACAAACAAUGAACUUGUUCUAUUAACGUUCGUUUUCUGCAAAAUGUGCCUUUGAUUCCCGUGUUACUUGACUACCUUGUAUUAAAUGAUCUCAUUGCCAAAAUCUAUUUAUCGACUUCACCAGAGUCCGAUAAACUCGUGGGUAUCAUUUGUCUGUCCAGUAUGGAGGAAGUGCGCUAGUUUCGCGAGCCAAUUUUAACUAGCCUUGGCGCAAUGACUGGAAGUCUAUGGGUAUCUGCUAUCCCUUUAACGCUUAUUGUCUGUCCCAGGUUCGUCAACAUGUCUUCUCAUCUGCAGUGGAUGGUCAUUAGGAACUGCUCCAGCUUCCUCAUCAAGAGGAAUGGACAGACUUACAGCACCGAGCCCAACAACCUGAAGUCCAAGAACUCCUUCCGUUUCAACGGGCUGGUGCACAGGAAGACUGUUGGUGUUCAGCCUGCAGCUGAUGGAAAGGGUGUCGUUGUCGUGCUGAAGAAGCGUGCAGGCCAGCGCAAGCCUGCCACUUCAUAUGAGAAGAUCACCAUCAACAAGAACUCGCGUGCCACUCUCAGCAGCCUGAGGCACAUCAUCCGCAAGAGCAACUACAGAAAGGACCUGCGCAUGGCUGCUCUGCGUCGUGCCAGCGCCAUCCUGAUGAGCCAGAAGCGUGUGGUGGUGGUGAAGAGGCGUUCCAAGGCUGCCAAGACUGCAUAAAGUUGCCGAGUUAUGACAAAUAAAAAUAAAAAAUGGGUUUGAGAAACACUACCCUCUAAGUC